UCCGUCCGCUCACAUGAUUGAAUUUGAUAAAUGUUUGGAUCAGAUGUUUUAACGCUGUGAUUUUUCUUCAGUUACUAUAAAGGCAUCAGACAGAUGGUUCCAGUCAGCGACCAGGACAUGAACACACACCUCGCUGAGGUGUCCAGGCAACACACAGACAAGCUGAACACCCAGUUGGCCUUACAUCAGCUGUACCAGUAUGCCAGCAAGUACUACGAUGUGAUCAUCCAGUCACUGGACGAGGACCCAGCAGCCCAGAAUAAACAGCUCACCCUCCGCCUCCAGCAGAUCGCCGCCGCCCUGGAGAACAAGGUCACUGACCUUUGACCUCUGGCCUCUUGGCGGGGUCGGGGGGGACGAGCUAACGGCUACUAAAACACAAGAUGUUUUGCAUUUAAGGACUCAAAGGAAGACGAGCUCACGGACUCUACCGAAUGUUAGGACUGAAGUGGGAGGGGCUAGUGGAGCCACAGGAAGCUGUUGACCAUAUAAGGACUGAAGGGGGUGGAGUUAUGGGACUCCAGGAGGCGUGAGGAACAGAGAUUUUGGACAAAUUAAGUGCUAGAAAAAGCCCAGAGUCGUGGAAACUGACGUGCUGAUGUCUGCUAUAGUUGUUUGGCGUAUUUCUACUUGGCGUCCUGAAACAAAAAGCGCAGAGGGAUGCAAAACGGCGACCGUAAUGUGGCUGCAGAUGGGAGCUGUGUGAAAUGAAAGGGUUAUUUUUUUGAAAGGCGUUGGGUAUAUGUGAUCCUCCGAGUUAGCUGUUUCUGCGUUUGGCUUUGCACCACAAAAUUGAAUUGUUCCACAGAAGGACCGAAGAAGAAAAAGUGCCACACGAGAAAUGAAGAUUUUUUUGAUGAUUGAAGAAUAUACGUGAAGUUAUGAGAUAUUACCAAAUAAUUUCUUUUUGCCUUUUUUGGAAGUUCGGAUCGGAAGCACAGCUGCUCCAGGACGCUUUGUGACCACUUCUUUUUUUUUCGUAUUACAGCAAUGUCUAUGAACUGUGGAUGUGAAGGUGAAUUUACCUGAU